AUGGCCACCAAGAAAGACAUGCGGAGGCCAGAUCUAGUUGUUCCAUAUGUCGAACCGCCUGAGAAACGGCAGGAUGCGGACAUGAACAGCACGGUGUCUAGCACGAUGCCCAUGGCUGCUAUGUUUACGAAGAAUAAGAUGAUUGCUUGGGCUUCUGUUACCUUCUCUCUCCAGAGCUGGAUGGCAGAGACCCCCCAGCAGAGGAAGAAGGCCUCGACGCCGGGAUAUAUGGCUUCGUGGCCGUCUUUGUCGUACGUUUAUCCUCCUGUAGCUUUUCGCCCUCUUGUAUUUCAAAUCGGCAAGAUCGAUUUUGUCUAUUCUUCGGAAUCUGGCUGGUGGGCCAAGAUCUUUGCUAAUGAGUCAUCGUCAGACAUAUCUGCCCCUAUUUUUGCCUCCCCCGGGGAACACAGGAACGAAAACGGCAGCUCCCCCUCCCGUUCCAUCCUCUUGACCAAUACCCCAUAA